CGCGCCACCCGCACGCGAGUUCGUCGCCUUUCGUGUUGCGAUUUCUUGAUACUUUAUUUACGUAAAUAAAAAACACCUUACCAAUUAACAGUUUUUGAAAAUCAAUAGAACAUUGAAUGUUGGAUACAAUUUUUUACUAUGGGACUGUGGAUAUUAAUAUUAUGCGUGAUACCAACAAUCGUAACAACAAUAACAAUCUCACCAAAUGGAAAUAGUCCAGAAACGAAAAUGAUCGGUGGAAUGAUGGUCGAUACACACAAGAGAAACACGGAAACUGUUGUUAGGAACGAAGCUCCUCAAAAAAAUUAUAUUAAGCCGAACAAUCUAUUAAAAGCUAAUUCUUCAAAACUGGCGAUUAAUGAGAGAUAUAGGAGACUUAUACCUUAUAUGACGUUUUAUUAUGCUAACGAUUUAGUAACUCCUACUACAGAAACGUACAAUAAAAAUAAUGUUGAAGUUGAGCAAGCGAAAAUUGUUGAGGCUGGAACUAUCACACCGAACGAACGUCAACCAAAAAUAAUUUACACUUCCCAAAGGCAUAACAAUAACAUUCCAAGAUAUCAUGGAAAUCGUCUAACUCAAUUUAAUAUAGCAUCAUCGAAUCCAACUAAAUUAUUUUAUAAAGACUCUUUAGCUCCUGUUCAUUAUCAAAAUCCACCAAAGAUAAGUCACAUUCAGAAUCCUUCUUUGUUAGAACCUAACGUUUAUGAUAACAGAGACAUUACAUAUGACCGAUUUAUUCCAAAACAAAUUAAAGCACCGAGUGCUCCUUUUAAGGCUCCUACAAGAAAUCCAUACAUAAACUUAUAUCAGAAUGAUGAUUACCUUCCAAAUGUACAAUAUUUCUCAUCUGAUGAGGGGGGAUCAUAUAAGUUAAUUCCUUAUGAACAAACUCCACCUGUUAAAACUUCUAAUGUUUUUACAUCAAAACAACAAUACAGUUCUCCUACAUUAAACCAUAAAGAAUCUAUUUAUAUAAAACCAAGACCAUCACUUCAUCCGCAGCCUUUUUACACUAGUCAACAAGUACAAACGAGAAAACCACCUGCAACUAUAUCAGAAAUAUAUUAUGAAAGAAGACCGCCGGUGACUAAAUUGGUUGAACCAGUUAUAGAAAGUGGGUUUAGGCCUAUAGUGAAUUCAGUGUCGACAACUGAAACCCCUGUAUAUAAAUCAACAAAACAAGAAGCGUCACCGUUUCAUAGUUUAAAAAAUGAGAAACAUCAAGAAUUUCAUGGCGUUGAAGCAAUACCAUUUGCUCCCGAAGAUAGUACAACCCAACCAGAAUAUGUAAUUGAACAACCUCAAUAUAAACAGACACAAAACUCCGUAACUCUAGCGGAACUUUUAAAUUCAUUACAAAUAAAUAAAUCAAUCCCGAAACCAAUUACAAGAGAAAACAUCAGUGCUUCUAUAAGAACAUUGUUACAAGUACUGAAUACUUUAAAAGCUACUGAUAAACAAAAUGAAAUGGAACCAGUAGUAGUCAGUACACCAAAACCUUUUAAAAAUUCUGAAAAUUCAGUAAAGAUAACACCUACUACUAUUCCAUCAACGACAUCAGAACCACAAGAUUUAUAUGAAGAACCUUAUCUCGCUCCUAUUCAUACUCCUUCACAACAUUUAGAUGAUUACCCAAGCGGUGGGUCAAGUUCUCAACGGUUUCCACUACCUGUGACGUCUGACGAAGAAGGUGGCACUCCCGGUCGACCUGGUGUAGAUUACCCAAUUUUAACACUGAUUCCGCCAACUAAAUUUGAUUGCAAAACGCAGCGAUACAAAGGUUUCUUUGCCGAUACUGAAACGAGAUGUCAAGUAUGGCACUAUUGUGAUUUAAAUGGCGGUCAAGCUUCAUUCUUAUGUCCAAACGGCACAAUAUUCUCACAAGCAGCUUUAACUUGUGACUGGUGGUUUAAUGUCAAAUGUGCUUCCACUACACAGCUGUAUGUUCUCAAUGAAAGUCUGUACAAGUACAUUUUGCCUCAUUCACCUAAGUUUCCCGAGGACUACAGUGGUCCGUUAGUUGACAAAUAUCUUACACUAAAAUUCAAGGAAAUGGAAGAACAGUUUAAAAAGAAUAAAAACAAAAAAGUAGUAUCAGAAAAAGUUGAUAACGACGAUGAAUCAACUUCGAAUGAAACAACGGAAAAUAGCUCUGCUGAAGAAAGCGUCGGAAGUGACAAAACUCUGGUGAACCAAGCUGACGUCAUCGUUGAAUCGUCUGGAAAUAGUGGCAAUGUUCAAAGAUUACAAGACGACUAAAAAUUAUCAACUUAAAAAAAAUGUCCACUAUUUAAUUUGUAAAGCUGCGUCUCCAGAAAAGAAAAAUUGGCAAAUUUUGGGUCGUGUUGGUAAUAAGUUUCUAUUACCAUGAGCAAAUCUGUCUCAAUCUAGCGUGCAGGGGGCUAAGAAUAGCGCGGAUGACGGUCAAGUCUUAGACCACAGUUGAGGCGGCCCAUAAGUUAUCUUUAUUUUUUCAGAGUUGGUUAAAUCAGCUGAAAUCUACUUGCCUCUGAGUGUUUGCCGUGUUCAUGACAGGGCUGAUUUUAAACUGAGAUAGAUAACCUAUGUCUUCUAAUAAUAAUUAGUGAUUUUCAAAAGAUUUUCAAACAUAUAAAUUGCCAAUUAUUUUCAUGGAAACACACUUUACUUUUGCUUGUUACUUUAUAGUUUAAGAUAAGUCCCUGUGAUACAGAUUCUAAUAUACUGUUCUUAGACGGUAAGUAUUUAUAAAGUUGAUGUUAUUCACUAAUUACUAAAUACAUAUUUUAUGGUUGUGAACUUCAACGCAUAGAUGCAAGAUGAGUAUUUGUAGGUGAUGCUUGUUCGGUAUAUUAUUUUAGUUAGGGAAUUAAACUUGCCAUAAACCGCCAUGUUUAAUUCAUAGUAAACACGUAGUAAUGUCUGUUAUAUCGCAUUAGUUCAUUAGUAAUACCUAUUGUUCAAUACUUGCUUUCUUAGUUAUGGAUAAAAUGUGACUUUGAGUGUAUUAUGGUUUUGCGUGACAAAUUAGUAAAACAUUUAUAUUAUUUAGUUUUCAUGCGUAUAAUGCAAUAUUCAUUACCUAUGUAUGUAAAUGAGCUUCUAGUUUCAGCUUGAAAAAUUAAUACUGUAAGUAAUAUCCGUUUACAGCGUGGUUCAAAUAAAUAUAUAUAUAUAUAUAU